GCCAAUGCGGCCCUCGCAUGGCGCGACUGCCUGGCUUCAGCCAGCUGGUUCACUGCAGCGAGGAUGGCAUUGAUGAAGCCCUGAAGGGCCUGGAAGUUCCAGAUGCGAAGACAGCGAAUCAAGUCCUUAAGGGCCUGGCGCGUCUGCCUGGCAAACAUCCGGUGGCACAGAAGCUGCUGGCGACCUGGGAGCGGCAGCAGUGCGACAUCAGCGCCUUCCAUUACAGCACCGUCCUCAACGCCUGUGGCCGCGCCCACGACUGGCCGGUGGCCGUGCAGCUGGUGGCGGCCAUGGCGCGGCAGGAGGUGCAGACGGACACCGUGGUCUACAACAGCGCCAUCAACGCCUGCGCGCGGGCGAAGCGCUGGGUGGAGGCCUUGCAGUUCUUGGAGAUGCUUAGAGGUUGCGAGCUGCUGCCUGACACCUUGACCUUCAACUGCCUCAUCACUGCCUGCGACCAGUGGCAGCUGGGCCUUGAGCUGGUCGCAGGCACCAUGCGCGGCCUCCGGGUCCGGCCGGACCUGGUGACGUACAACGCGGCGAUGCGGGGCUGUCAGGGUGCCAAGCAGUGGCUCUGGGCCUUGCAGUUGAUGAACGACAUGUCUCAGGCCCGACUGGUGAAGGAUGAGAUCACGUAUACCACAGCAUUGUCAGGCCUGGAUCAACAGUGGGAGCUGGCCAUGGCUUUGCUUCAGGAGUUGCAGGGCACGGCGGUGCAAGCGGAUUGCCAGGUCUACACUGCCUUGGUGUCCAUCUGCGGUCGCGCCUCACAGUGGCUGCAAGCUUUGGAUCUCUUCGAUCAAGCCCGCAAAACGCACGUGGCCUGCGACACCUCCAUGUACAACGCGUUGAUCAGCGCCUGCGGUGUGGGCCUGGCAUGGGAGAAAUCAUUGGAACUGCUGGGAAGCCUCCAAGGCCGUGCGGAUUCCAUCACGGUGAGUGCGGCGCUGUCCGCCUGCUGCGAUGCGCGCCAGUGGCAGGUGGCCCUGGGGAUGCUGGGGUCCUUUGGGCAGCGGCAAGUUGGGACGGCCGCUUUCAAUGCGCUCCUAGGUGGCUGCCCUUGGGACGUGGCGCUGGCGCUGAUGGAAGAGAUGAACCUUCGGCGGGUGGAGAAGGACAGCCUGACCUUCUCCACUGGCAUCAUGGUGUGUGAGCGUGCAGAAGAGUGGGAUGCCUCCUUCCACCUGCUGGACCUGCGCGUCCGCAGCUGCCAGGACCAGCGUCUGCGUCACGCGCCCUUUGCACCGCGCUCCUUUCUGCGCUCCCUCGCAGGGGAGGCGCUGCCGCGGCCUCUGGAGCUGCGGCGCCUGCUGCGCUGCUGCAAGCGCGAGGCGCCAAGCAGCUUCCGGGUGAACCCGCUGAAGGCAGCCCCCACAGUGCUGCAACACUUGCGGGAGGACCUGGGGUGGCAGCUGAGCCCUGUGCCCUGGGUGAAGGACGGAUUCCGGGUAACGAAUUGGAAGCCUCAGAUGGGCUUCAACCGGCCGCAGCUGACGGGGGACAUCUAUUUUCAGGAGGCCACUUCCAUGCUGCCCGCGGAGGUCUUGCGGCUGGUUGUGGAGAACCAACGUGCAGCUGGCUGUAGGCAACUGAAGGUGUUGGACAUGUGUGCGGCCCCAGGCAGCAAGAGCACUCAACUGGGCAGUUGGCUGAUGACCUCGCCCUGUGGCCUCCUGGUGUGCAACGACCCGGACCCUGCCCGGACCCUGAAGUUGGAGGCCUCCUUGCUGCGGAUGGCCGUGGUGACCCUGGUGACCUCGGUGGACGGCCGCGCCCUGGGGGACCUGGCGCCCGGCGCCUUCGAUGCGGUGCUGGCGGAUGUGCCGUGCAGCUGUGAGGGCAACGCGCGCAAGGACGCCAGCGCGCUGCUGAGGGCCUGUGGUAGCAGCAAAGAAGGGCCGGCGGAGCACAAGGAGGAGCUAGUGGAACGGCAGCAGGGCAUUCUCCAGAGUGCCUGGAGGGCCCUGAAACCAGGGGGCCACUUGGUGUACUCUACCUGCACCUUUGACUACUGGGAGAACCAGGGGCAAUGCCAAAGAUUUCUCGCGCAAUUGGAGGGUGCAGAGCAUGCUCCUGUUCCGAUUGAUGUGAUGUCCUGCUUAGACCUCCCAGGUUCCGCAGGCACCGAGACGGGCGCCCAAAUCUGGCCGCAGCAGUUUGAUGUGGAAGGCUUCUUCGUGGCUUGUUUCCGCAAAGGGGCAGCUGUUUCUGCUGAUGGCAUUGCUGCAGAUGAGGGUGAAGGCGUGCUGCCCCUACUGGAGCGCUUCAACUUGAAGCCUUUGGCGCAUGAGGAGGAAAUGAUGAUCCAAGCCUUGGCGGAUGACACCUUGGGAUUUUGGCCCUCCGGGCCGCUAGCAGAAGAUGCCAUGGGCCAUCUGUGGCUGUUGCCUCGGCUGCACAGGAGCCUGGGAGCCCUGGAUGCUGUGCUGCGGCAGCCGGGCCUCCGCGUGGCCCGGCGCGGCGAUGGUGAGAGCUGGGUGCUGGCGGAGGAUCUGCUGCUGCUGGCGGGGCAACGGGCGAAAGUGAGGGGGAUGAGCAACGAGGACUGGGCCAAGCUACAGGCGACCAAGGAAGAAGGGGGGCAGUGGUCACCCUCCAGGCUGCAGCGUAAGGUGCGGAAUGAGGCGAUGCUCCAAGCAGGGAGGUGUCGCGCGGCGCUUGGCGAGACGAUGGUGUGCAACAUCCCCACGCUCACCACUGGCAGCGUGCUCUACAGCUUCAGUAGGCACCGACCUUUCCUUGGAGAGGAAUGCUUGAGACUCAACGGCUUUCCGAUCGAGCAGCUCAGUUUGGGUGUCUUGCAUGUGUUGGUGUCAUCUCUGAAAGCAGAGAUGCCAGAACGUUACAUCUCAGGUGAGCAGUUUGAAGAAAACCCUGUUGGUUACGCGCACACUGAAGCGGAGCGCAUCUUCCUUGCCGGCAACGCGAUGUCGGUGCCCGUGGUGGGCGCCGUGCUCUUCGCCGCCUUGGUGUCGCUCUCCUGGGGCGCUGAGCGCACGGUGCGCCUGUCCACGGCGCUGCCGGAGCCCGUGCAGACGCGGCCGGAUGUUCGAAAGCUGACGCAGCCCGGCUCGGUGGUGCUGGCGCAACUGGCACCGUCCUUGAUGGAUGAUGAGUGUGAGGUCAUCACUCCUGAAGAUGCUCCCAAAGUGGAGGAGGACACUGCACUGGCGCGCCGCGCCGCCGUUCUCUUGGCCUUGACCCGGGAGUUGACGCACGGUACGUCCAAAAAGCAGAAGGCUGAGAAGGGCAAGGAGUCCAAAGAAGCGGAGAUCAAAAGCAAUGGCUUGGUGGCAGCGGUGCAGGGCGGUCCGCCCAUGGAUGCCUCUGAGUCCCCGGACGCGGCGGCAGGCGACGGCACGGGGUGGGAGGCGAGGUACGCGAAAGUCAUGGAGCGCCUGAGGGCACCCAAGGAGGAGGCACCGCCGAGCAACGCCCAGCUCUUGCGCUGGCUCCUGGAGGCCUCCGAGCUACUGGAGGGCAUGGCGCGCGAGGAGCGGCACAGCGCGGCGCAUGAGUUGCAGCACUUCGUGGUGAAGAGCCUGCAGGUUUAUCGCGAUGGUUCUGACGAUGCACAGAUGGCUGAGCUAGGAUUGGAGGAUGUGCUCACGAAGUUGUGCAACAUGCGUUUUCCAGAGGCAAAAAGCCUUUUUGGGCGGUUGCAAGUGCAGAAACUUCAGCAGCACUUCGCUUCAAAGGACAUGACAACGCCAGAUAUCGAUUGGCUUGCAAAGGCGUGGAUGCGGCUGAUCAUGGCACGCCGCUGGUGGGUCCUGGUGGCCCUGGUGCCGUUGCUCCGUGGGUCGCUGCUCUUCACCGGCGGUGCCACGGCCUCAGCGCCUUCGCGCGUGCCACGUGCCGUGGCGCGGCAGGCGCUGGAUGCUGAAGGCCUGGCGUCCUUCGCGUCCUUCUCGGUGCUGACAGGUUCGCCCAUCCCCUUGGCUUUGGGCGGUUUGUUGCGCAAGGCCGAGAUCGAUCAGCUGGAUGUGCCAGUUCCAGCACCAAAAAGUGACCCGUCGCCCCUCGAGUCUUUCCUGGACUCGCUGGGCUUCAAGGACUCCGCCAGCGUAGCCACAGCCACAACGGAUACGCCGGAGCCCAGGGAUUUGAUGUGGGCCUUUCCGUCCUUUGCCAUCUUCCUGGAAAAGGUCGAUGAAACAGCUCCCUCGAACUUCCCCCUGUGGGCACGGUGGCUCUGCCUCCUGACCUUUUGGCCAGGGGUGAUUUGGUAUCUCUACUACAAGCUCCUCGUGGAGGACGACUUGCGCGAAUUCCGCGGCUUGGGUAUCGGUGGUUCGUUGGUCAUCGUGCCAUUUGCUAUUGGGCUGUUUGCCGGCGUGUUUGGUGAAUUUGCCUAUGGCGCCCUGGAGGGUGGCUUCUUCGACAAUGGCUUUGCAGUGGCCUUCUAUAGCGCCUUCGCAUGGAUUUAUCUGAAUCAGUGGUUUCUCUACCAAAAGGUGAACCAGCUAAUGGAGGAGGCAGGGCGUCCAGCUCCCUUGGAUCCUUUUGGUCUUUUCAUCCCGGGCUGGAACUUUGUGACAGGCAUCCGGCAGAUCCAUUUUCUGGCAGAGUACUGGGCCAUCCAGCGCAACGAAGCGCUGCCCGCGGACGCCUUCGCGGAGCUCUUUCCCUUCGCCAAGAAGCCCACGCUGACGCUGCCAGAACUGGCCACCACGCCCUCCCUGUGGUUCAACUGGGCGGUGACGUGGCGAGGGGGUGGAAAGUGGUGGUUGGAUGGGGUAGCGCAGGCCUUGUGCGGCCUGGAGCUGAGUGUCUUGCGCGCGGAGGUGCUGAAGCAUCUGAUCCGCCAGGGGCGACACACGUUGGGGAGGUUUUUCACACCCUUGCUGGAGUUGUGGUGUCGAGAAUCAGCUGAAGAUCAGGAGCUACAGCAGGUGCAGAAAGGGGUCGAAAUUCUUCGCAAGGUCUGGGCCACGAUGGACCCCGAAGACGUCUGGAGCGGCUUCGCUGCGGUCGGCAGCAUGAGACGGUGUUGCCUGGAAAUCGCAAAGAACUGCGAAGGCCGGCGGCGGCCCCAGUCCUCGCAGAUCUUUAACGACCUGGCGCAGCGGAUGCACACGGAGAUCCUGCUGAGUCGUGCCGCGGUGAUCCUGAAGACGUUCAACGUGGAGAGCUUCCGGGUUUUCAUCAAAGACGCCUGCGGAGAUGGGCUGGUCCUCGAAGCCAUCAAUCCAAUCGAUCUGGAACGUGAUGUGUUUCUGGGUGCUUUAAGCCGUGCGCUGAAAGAGGUUCCAUACUUGGAAAGUGGCACUAGUCCUAGUUGCUUGCUCUUGGAGACCUUGAAGGAUGUAGAUUUGGCGAGCUCAGACGUUGUGCCCCCGCCCGAGAAGGAGCUCAGCAGCAUCAUGGGCUACCACCUGAUGAUCGCGCGUUCGCUCGGUGGCAGCGUCUCCUCGCUGGUCUUGGCGCUGGAUAGCUUCCUCUGGCGUUUACUGCCCAACAUGGCCAUGCGCGUGCACUUGUAUGAGUUUCAUCAUUGCCAGCAGCAGGGCAGAGCAGUUGAAGAUGCUAAGAGUCGGAGCACGGCGUCUCUGCAACACUUCCUGAACUGGUGCAGCAGCAGGCCGGCCUUGGCGAAGGAGUAG